CCGCGUAUUCCCUUGCUGACGCGUGGCUCAUCGUUCUAUUUCCCGACGUCCCGAGUCCUUCACGAGAUUGAGGUCGAAGGGCCUGGCAAGCGUGAUGGCCCACAACCAAGGUUCACUCGCUACCCGCUGCAACACCAAGCUCCUCGACAACAUCUCUACAACACCGGCAACAAGUACAGUCCGCCUCCUACUGCUCGUAAUGCUGGAAAAGUUGCUGAAGUGAUUCCAGAAAAUGUGCAAGAAGAACAGCUGGUGAACAGCGCGGGUCUGGAUGCUGCUGCUGUUGCUGCGAUGAGUAAAGGAGAGGAGUUUCCCACAGUGGAUGCAUCACUGACCGGUGGUCACGAGAAUGUCGUAAGUUAA